AUGACAGCUCCUCAAAACCCAGGUUUAGGACGCUCUAAGGUGCAAAACGGAGACGUCGAUCAAUACCCUGAUCCGAAUCGCUUCAACGAAAAUAAUACCAAAGGCCUAGAUGAGGCCAGUAAGCCCACUUCAAAGACUCAUGGCUCUCAACCAUCUGAGAUCGAAAUCCUUAAAGAGCGGAUCCAACAAAUCGAACAGUCGCUACAAGCUAGCCGACUGAAUUACCCAACUUUUCAUCCCAAUACUCGCCCAUUUUAUCAUGAUCAACGAAGCAGUAAUCUGGAUCCUUCCACUCAUUUCCUAUCAUCAAUUCCUUCCGCAGCUACAUCGAAUCCGUCAUUGAUCUCAUCCAAACAAGAGCAGAACUCGCCACUGGCAAUACCCAUUGCGCCUAGAUCGCUCAAUUCCUUAGAAGAUCAACAGAUAAAUGGACUCCCCACCUUUCCGCCCUUGAGCCAUCAUUUCAGUGUUCAUGAUGAUGCGAUCAGAAAAGGGGAGCACCAACCUGGUAUUCAAGGAGCCAUCAGACCAGAGACCAGCUACAGGCCAAGUUUAGCAAGUAAUGAUAUCUACCAACAAAGAAGCGAAGUUGAGACCUCACAGCCCAAAGGUCCAGCCCAAGGCAGUAUUGGGAGUUUGCCAUAUUUGAUUGGUACAAAUUUGUACUCUCAAGAAUCAGACACUAUAAAUUUUUAUGAAGGGUACUCUUCUGUUCAUUAUAAGGACCAUUUGAGAAGGCUCAAUUUUGGACCCUUCGCUUGGUCAUCACUUAUGAAGAGAGAUGUUGGCUUGAGAACGGUAUGGGACUACGUUGUAUCUAAAAAGGAAAAGAUUCUGAACAAAGGUCACUCUGCUGCUUUGAUGUUUGCUCAACCAACCGGUGAGGUCUCGGACGAAAAUACUGAGACUUUAUUUUCCAGUGGCAAGGAUAGUGAUCAGCUGGAACAACAAUUCCAAAGGCGUGCAUUACAAACUGAUGGAGUGGAUGAUAUGAUGCCCUACAAAACGAUUAUUCAAGCUAGACAAAACGCCCACAAACAGAAGGCAUUGCUCAAUAAGCACGCCUUGCCUUUGGGCCUCACUGUUUACGAUGGUCGUUUGGACCGUGAACUUCAAUUGAUUGAAAAGAUCGAGGUUGUCUUACCCAAGAAAAGGGUUUUGUGGAAAUUGAUACACAGGUUUUUCCAGUCAAUGUAUACUUACAUGCCAUUUAUCGACGAGGACUACUUCCGGCAAGAUCUUGAGCGAAUCAUCGGGCCGCAAUCAUAUGAAGAUGUUUCGAUCGCCCACAUCAAAAUCGAGAAAAAACUAGAUUUGGCUACUGUGGGUAUCUUACUCAUAAUCUUAAGACUAGCAUACCUAUCCUUGUUUUCAAACAACAGUUCACUCAACGAGUUCAUCCUCAAUAAUGCUCAUCCAAACAAGGAGAAUGCGCUUGUCCAGUAUUUGAUGAAAAAUCCCAUCAACAUUAAUACCAUUGAUGUCGCCAGUCUCUGUCUUGAUCAAUUUCAGGUUUUGAGGAGGAGCAAUUUUACUGUUCUUCAAUUAGCAUUGUUUUUAAGACUUUAUCAUACAUAUGCUCCUGAGGAUGGAGACGGUGCAGAUGGGGGUGAUUCACAAGUCCUCAAUUCUGUGCUUAUACAGACUGCAUUUUCACUUGGCAUGAACCGUGAACCCGAUGAGCAGUACACCGAUCCGAAAAUGAAUCAUUUGAUUAGAAAAAUUUGGAUCUUUUUGGUGGCGUCGGACCUUCAUUUAAGCUAUUCAUUUGGAAAUCCGAUUACCAUUGAUGAUAUGCACUAUGAUAUAAAACCUCCCGUUUGUGACCCGGGUAGUGAAAAUCUUCGUGACAAAGGCAAGGACAGGGCUAGCACAAAUCGAUUGAACUGGUGCCUCAAACUCAGUCCUAAAUUGCGAAACCUUCUUCAGUGUGCCCUUAACAUCAAAGGUAGGACAGCUUUACCUAAACUUUGCGAAGAUAUCUCAGAGUUUGAGCUAUACGUACACAAUGAUAUUGGUUCCAUAAAUGACUUCAUUGUGUGCACAGGGAUGGACGAGCUAGCAGUAGCCAACAGAAACAUGAAAGUCAAGGUUUAUCUUGCUCUCAAGUCAUUCUUGAUUUCGAUAUUUUUCCAUCUUUAUCUUCAUUAUGAGGAAGAUAAUAUCGAUGUGUCGUUCUUCUAUUUAAAAAAGAGUCUCCUCACAACUAUUGGAGAUAUCAUGCCUCAUUAUGUAACACUUUUGGGAGAAAGUGAAGUAAUAAGUGACAUGAUCAUUAAUCCAACCCUUGAAAUGACAAUUCACAAAUCAAAUCAGAUCAAUCUUUCGAUCAUUGUGAGGGUCAACUUUCUCAUAUUUCAUCUCAAACAAUCCAAAGACCACGAAAGAUUAUGCAAAGUUGACAGCUCGUAUUUUACCUAUUUUCAGUUAUUGUGUCAGUUGUCAUCGGCAGUAACAAGGGCUGCCGAGUUUACAAUUUCAGCAAUUAGUAAGUUGAGUAACCGUUACUAUUAUGCCUGGAGAAUUACGCGAGGACAAACUUAUCUCUUGAAGACCAUUACUUUGACCCAAUUUUAUGAGGACAACUAUCAUAAAGCAUCUCGAAUCUAUUCCACUCGUUAUAAACCUGAACAGAUCAGAGAGUUGAUAGGCAUUUGUGAAAAGACCUUGUCCGAUUUUUCGCAUACCGAAUUCUGUACCUACGGGUUUGCCAAACACAUGAAGGAAGAUCUAUACCGAUGCAAUGAAAUGCCGACAGGCAGUGUAUCUACAAGCAUAACUACCCCAAUGAAUACGCCUGACAAGACUUCUACAAAUGCAGAAAUUGACAAAAUAUGGUUACAAGUUUUAUCCAUCAAACACAAUACAAGUUUGACUGGAAAUUUGCAAGACACUCCGUUGACCUCGAAGACGCCACUUCCACUACCAUUGGAUUUGGGUGAUAUGACUAGUCAGACGCACAAGACCAACGGGUCUAAUCCGAUUGAUAGUUUGCACGAGGUGGACAGGACCGGAUACGAUAUGGAAAUGGCAAACCGUUUUGACAUUUUUAGUGAAAUGCCUUUUGAGGAUAUGGAGAAAAAGCUAGCUGCCAGGCGACGCAAGGCAGAAAAGAAAUUGAUUGCCGGAGAUGAGAAGAGCGAUGAACAAGCGCCUACAAAGAAACCCCUACCACAAAGCCAAGAACCCACGCAUGUCGAGGUAGUCAUGGACUGUGACUUUGAUGAUCUUAUGAGUGACAAGGAGAUCGUAUCAUUGAGUAACCAGAUUACAAGGUGCUACUCAGCCAUGAGGCAUUCAACUCACGAGGUCCCUCUAACAAUUACUUCUUUCAACAAACGUUUGAGAGAACGUUUUGAGAAUACGCUACCAGAUCAUUCGAAAUGGAAGAACAUCAAAUUCGAGGGGGAUGCGUCCUUAAGUGAGUUUAUUUCAAAAAAGGGCUACGAACCUUCAAAAGUCACAUACCUUACUGCAGAUACAGAGAACGAACUAGAAGAGUUGUCGGUUGGCGAAACUUACAUCAUUGGUGGUAUCGUAGAUAAAAAUCGCCACAAGAAGCUCUGCUUAGACAAGGCAAACGACCUUGGUCUCAAAGUCGCCAGGCUACCCAUUGGAAAAUUCAUCAAGAUGAACGGGAGACAGGUUUUGGCUACGUCGCAUGUCUAUGAGAUCAUGUGCAUGUGGUUUGAGCAACAGAAGGACUGGGAAAAGGCUUUCAAUACUGUUCUCCCUCCUCGAAAAUUACACAAUCAGAAUGAAGCGACAGCUGAAGCCGAUAGCGACGCUCAAGGCGCAUAG